AUGGGAUUCAAAUUCGCCUUUCUCGGUGAGCUUCUGUCGAGUCUCGAGGAUCACCGGCUCCCCAAUACGAAUUCGUCAGGCAAGAAAGACGAGUCGGAUUUCCAAAUCAUCGCAAAAUGGUUCAGUCAACAUGCUCGCCAUAUCAAUCACCCAGACACCGACAGGCUAGCUCUACUAUCGUGCAUGUUUCCCGAAAGGCGCCCUGAUCGAGUUUACUGGCUACAAGCGACCUCGCUUGCUCGCGUCAUUGGCCGCUGCUUGGGACUAGGAUCAUCGCGAUUAUCGGAACUAGAUCAGUGGAGAAAACCCGGGGGUCCAGAUCUAGGCCAAUGUGUCCAAAAUGUGAUGUGUCAAGCCGAAAACCAUGUUUACCUUGAGAACGAGGUUUCAGUUGAAGAAAUCGAUGAAGCACUCGGUCUCAUUGCCUCAAGAUGUCGCUUCUCUGGUCCUCAAGUUCGCCGACAGCAUGCCGCGGUCGAUGUUGAUAUGGUUCUGUCACCUAUCUAUCGUCGACUCAGUAGUCGCGAUGCAAAAUGGCUCACCCGUAUGAUAUUGAAGAACUACGGUCCUGUAUCUUUCCCUGAACGAUAUACCCUGGAAAAUUUCCACUUCCUUCUUCCGCAUCUCUUGCAUUUUCAAAACACCUUUGAAAGUGCUCUUCAAAUGCUCCAGUCUAAGCCAUUAUGCCAUUUCCCGCCUCGGCCAGAUCCCAAAACUACAACGGCCCUGUGUACUAUUGCACUGGAUCAUUUGCGCCCGAGAGCGGGAAUAAAGAUAGGCCGCCCGGAAUACUACAAAGCGCGAAGCAUCAAACAUUGUGUUGAGAUGGCACGUGGUCGCCGAAUGAGUAUUGAGAGGAAAUAUGACGGCGAAUACUGUCAGAUUCACAUUGACCUUGAUAGUAAGCAAAUACCCAUCCAGAUAUUCUCAAAAAGUGGUAAAGACUCCACUGCAGAUAGAUCUGGGAUCAUAUCAAGCCUGGAGAAAUCACUUGGAAUUGGAACUGCCCAAUGCAAGUUUACACGUCGUUGUAUCCUUGAGGGAGAGCUAGUGGUUUGGAGCGACAAGAGACAUGAUAUCGCGGAUUUUCAUAAGCUUCGAAAGUUCAUGUCGCGUUCUGGAACCUUCAUUGGAAUCGAGAGUGAUUCUCCACCUCAGCCAUAUGAGCAUCUGAUGAUUGUUCUAUUUGACGUACUACUUCUGGAUGACGAUGUCUGUCUGAGAAAGCCUCACCGGGAUAGGCGGCUUCUCUUGAAAAACAUGAUACAUCCGACCGCAGGACGAGCUAUGAUUUCGGAACAAGUAAUACUCGAUUUUGGCCAAGCUAGAUCUAGCAUUUACAAUCGUUUGGAGACUACCUUCUCAAAUGCAAUAGCUCGCAGAUGGGAAGGCCUUGUGCUGAAGGCAUGCGAUGAGCCCUACUUCCCUAUCUACUCUGCUGGAGUAGACAAUUCAUUUGGACGAUGGAUCAAGCUUAAAAAAGACUAUAUCCCUGGACUUGGCGAUACAGUUGAUCUCGCUUUGAUCGGUGGAUAUUAUGAUGCCCAUGAUGCUGCAGCUCAUUCAUCCACAACCAAGUUAAAAUGGACACAUUUCUUAGUUGGCUGCCUGAUGAACAAGGAAGGUGUCAUGAAAUCUGGCCAAGUUCCUCGCUUUCAAGUGAUCGAUGUAGUCAAUCAUCACUGCAUGCACAGAAGUAUAAUGCAGCAUCUCAAUCAUUCCGGGGACUUUCUUGCUCGGGAUCCUUGUGAUCUCGAUGAAUAUAACGUUGAAUACGGGAACCAGGCUAUUCCGCAGGCAUCCAAACUUUUCAAGGACCCAUUCGUCGUGGAGAUGAUGGGAAGCGGCUUUGAGAAGCCCUCAGGAGUCCGCUAUUUUGCCCUACGUUUCCCACGUAUCCUCAAAAUACAUGCAGACAGAAACUUCAAGGAUGCAGCGUCUUUUAGGGAAUUGCAAAAUCUAGCAGAAGAAGCUAGGUCUAUACUCACAGAAGAUCUCCCAGAGGAAAGAGAGCAUUGGCGCAAACGCCUCAAAGUUGGUAGCGGACUUGAUCAGUACAUGGUUCAACGAUCAGAAAGCCCGUCAUCUCGCAGCUCGAGUGCUGAACCAGAUCAUCACUCAAGUACAGCCAGUACAACGAGUGUUGAAGAACACACUCAUAAACACAUAAGCUCUCCCGUAAUCUCCAAACCCACACAGUCGCAAAGCCACAGCAGUAUUAAUGCUCCACCUGCUGUAUAUAUCGACGAGACGAUAAUACACUCAGAUCCCGCGCAAUCACAACCGGAGGCCAACGUGUUGACUGAGAAUGAGAAUUUAUCCCAACGGCAAAAUUACAGCCAGGCAGCGUACACUACUGAAAGCCUCGAUGAAUUGGUACCAAAGCUAAAAGCUAAACAAAAUGUCCCUACGAAAAGAAGUCAGCCCGUCAAUACCCUGGUAUCUCUGCACCAGACACGUGCAACAAAAGAUGAACACCAUGAUGCAACGCCAUACGAACAACCACCUCAGUCUCCAUUAACUACGAUCCCCGUAUAUAUGUCUGGAACAUGUUCAGGAAAUAGAGCGGUAUCCGAACCAGAUAAUACAGGGCUACAACAAUUUUUGAAGUCACUGGGCUCCCAAGAAAGUAGGAAAUCCUUACGCAAGUCCAACCCCCAUGCAGCCUCUCAGGGCACGUCAAUCGGCAUCGUUCUCGUCAAUCCGGCCGAGGCAACAUUGGGCCGAGAGAUUCAGCGAACGGCAAAAUGCCUUUCACAGACCUUCAAAGAUAAAAUAUCUUCUCCUUUGAAGGGAAGGAUAUUCUUUUUAGACUCUCUUCUCUUGGAACAGAGUCUUCAUCCCGGGGAUCUCAAAUUUUGUUUGUCCGGAACUUGGUCUGAUCUCAGCAAACAGUAUUAUUAUGCUUGUCUUCAUUGGCAUCAGAAACAGCCGGAUAAGAAAGACCACUCAAGAACAAGUGAUCAACAGAAAGAAACAGUUAGCCCAGUUCUAGCAGUCAGUUUCGAACGAGACAACCUAUUAGCAUUGGGGGAGUAUAUUAGCACCAACCCACCCAUCCAUUCUCGUGGUGCUGGCAAACACAACAUUGUACAUAAAAUAUAG